GACGACGACUACAGACCUACAGCGACUUCAUUCAAACUCCACCAACGAUCUUCUUCCUCUUCUACGCCAUUUUUCUAACAAAUUCCUCUCCAACAAACUCUCUCUCUCUCCUCAUUCUCUCUCUCAUCAUCAUCAUCCUCCUCCGCCUCCGCCGCCGCUGCACCGCCGGCACUCCGGCCACAGGAACAGAACAUGAUCUUUUAAGGUUGAAGGUUAUACGAUCAUAUGUUAUUGAAGGCUGAGAAUUGGAAUCCAGCUUCAGCAUCGUAAGUUCCAAGUCAUGCGGUGAAAAAACAAGCUUUAAAAUGGCAUGAAAACAAGUUUAAGCAUCAGGAAUUAGAUCAAUUGGUAUAUAUCUCCAAUGCAGUUCAGGUUUUCUUCUUCAUAUCAGGGAUUUAACUUUGUUUCAUAUAGGUUCAUACGAACAUUUAUUAGAUUUGUAUGAACUUUGGUCUCACAAGUGUCUCGAUCCCUUUAUCAACUAGCAGAUAUGAAGAAAUGGUAUAUCUAUGUUCUAUCUGCAGCUCUGUUAACACUAACAGUAUUCGGCUACUUUGUUAUGAUAAACCCUAUUAGAGAAGCUUACAUUUCACCACCUUCAUACAACACAACAAACACAAAUCCUCUUGAAUGGAUAAAAUCUAACGAAACCCCUGUUCAUAAUCCCGAAACUAACUCUCAAGUUGUAUCCACUGACGAGAUAGUUUCGACCCUUUUCACUCAACGAAACAUCUCCGUUCAAGAACAACAACCGUUGUGUACGUGGAACCAUUUGAAACAUCUAAUUAGCCACGAUCGUGUUCUUCCCAAUACAGUAGAGGCGAUAAAAGAUGCCGGUGUUGCGUGGGAUAACCUUAUGAAUUCCGUCGAGGAUGAAAAACGUAACGUGAAUGGAACUUCAGGGGGUAAAAAGAAAGAAAAACAAUGUCCACAUUUUCUUAGUAAGAUGAAUGCCACUGAGCUUAAUGACACUGGAUACAAGUUAACUGUUCCUUGUGGGUUAACUCAGGGUUCGUCGGUUACGUUUAUCGGCAUUCCGAAUGGUCUUCUUGGUAACUUUAGAGUUGACUUGACCGGUGAACCGCUUCCCGGUGAACCAGACCCGCCGGUUAUAUUGCACUACAAUGUUCGGCUUCAAGGUGAUAAAAUAACUGAAGACCCUGUGAUUGUUCAAAACACUUGGACCAUUGCUCAUGAUUGGGGUGAAGAAGAACGUUGUCCAAAUCCCGAGCCUGAUAAGAACAAAAAAGUGGAUGAAUUAGAUCAGUGCAACGAGAAGGUGGGCAAAGUUAUCAACGGAUCAAAAACACGAAAUUAUUUUCCUUUCAAACAAGGCUAUCUUUCGGUUGCAACUCUUAGAGUUGGAUCAGAAGGAAUCCAGAUGACAGUUGACGGAAAACACAUAACAUCCUUCGCUUUUCGAGAAACUUUGGAGCCGUGGCUAGUUAGUGAAGUACGGAUCUCGGGUGACAUAAAGUUGGUAUCUGUUGUAGCUAGUGGUUUACCCACUUCCGAAGAUUCCGAUCAUGUAAUUGAUUUAGAGUCGCUUAAAUCACCUCCAAUGCCUUUGAAAAAGAAGAUUAAUCUCUUAAUCGGAGUUUUCUCUACUGCAAACAAUUUUAAACGCCGAAUGGCUGUUCGAAGAACAUGGAUGCAAUAUCCUCAAGUUAAAUCUGGAGAGGUAGCAGUCCGGUUUUUUGUCGGUCUGCAUAAGAAUAGAGUGGUAAAUGAGGAACUUUGGAAUGAGGCGAAGACGUAUGGAGAUGUUCAGUUAAUGCCGUUCGUUGACUACUAUAGUCUAAUCUCAUGGAAGACAAUUGCCAUUUGUGUAUUUGGGACAGAGGUUAUCUCGGCGAAAUAUCUCAUGAAAACGGACGAUGAUGCGUUUGUUCGCAUAGAUGAAGUGUUGGCUUCUUUAAAACGAGUCAACGUGAAUCACGGAUUGCUGUACGGUUUAAUUAAUUCGGAUUCUCAGCCUCAUCGUAAUCCUGACAGCAAGUGGUAUAUCAGCCCUGAGGAAUGGCCUGAAGAAAAAUACCCUCCAUGGGCUCACGGGCCGGGUUACGUUGUGACCCAUGACAUUGCAAAGGCGAUUAACAACAAACACAAGAAGGGUCUGCUAAAGAUGUUUAAGCUGGAAGAUGUGGCAAUGGGAAUUUGGAUUGCGGAUUUACAAAAGAAUGGUUUAGAAGUGAAAUAUGAGAAAGAAGAACGAGUGUAUAACGAAGGUUGCAAAGACGGGUAUGUAGUCGCACAUUAUCAAGGACCUCGAGAAAUGCUGUGUUUAUGGCAAAAGCUUCAAGUAGAUAAACGAGCCUUUUGUUGUGGGAAUUAAUAGGUUUAUAAUAAUAAUAACACGAGCGCUGUGUUGUAUCAUUUGUAGCUAAGCUAGCUAGCUAGGUACUUCUUUUUUCCUAUUAUGCAUAGUAUAGAGAGUUAACAAAUGUUUUUGUAGGAUUAUUCGUGUGUUAUACCGUUGUAACCAUGUCUAAACAACUUCAUAUCUCUAGUCAUUUGAUCCGUGAAUCUUUGAUCACGUAUCUAGUUUUUAUUU